UACGGCUCCUCGGUCCUGUUUCAAUUGAAUUGAUCUCUUCAAGUGUCGCGGCGUGUUUCUCUAGUCGAACUUUAUAAACUUGAUUCGGCUCCGUAGUGGUGAGCAGAUAGUGGAACUUCUCUUUCGAAAAGCGUCAAUAUCGCGAGUUGCAAUUUUAGUUUUGUUUAGUUUAAUAUAAUUGGUUAAGGGUCAGUCCUGAAUUCUUCAAGCUUCCAACAUGAACGUCCUGGCUUGCCCACGGCAGGAGAAGUGAUUCCUAUUAAUUAAGAAAAAGCUUUUACGGAUUCCUUUAGGACGUGGAUACCGCGACUGAUUGAUACCUGAAAUUCCUUUUAUACACAACACAAGGGAGAAAAAAAGGAAGAGAUAAAACCAGAAUGGCCACGUUUCGAGUUUAAUUCUUUGGCUUUUCUGAAUAACGCCGUCAAUGAAGGAAAUAUGAGUAAUUUCGAAGUUAGUGAUAACGCAAAUUCCGGUUUCGAAAAAAUAUGGGUACCGUGGUUAGUUUCAUAUCGCAAAACACUGGUCGUACCGAUGAUCCAGAUCCGGUUACCGGAUUAACAACACGAGAUAAAUAUCUGGUGAAGACUUCAUGGGCUAAACUCGCGAAAACUCCCACGGACAGCGGCGUAGCUCUAUUACUAUUGUUUUUCAAGAAGUUUCCGCAGUAUGUUGAACUUUUCCCGUUCAAAGAUACGCCUUACGACGAGUUAAAAACAUCCAAAAAAUUCAGAGCUCAUUGUACCAGCGUAGUUUACGGAUUAUCCGCUAUUAUAGAUGCGAUCAACGACAACGAUCUUUUGAUACAGUUGCUACACAAAACAGGAUCGAGCCACAAACUUAGGAGUGUGACUCAACAAGGAUUUGAGGAUUUAAAAGCGGUGACGAUCGAACUGUUUUCGAGUAUAAUGAAACCGGAUGAGGUGGCAGCGUGGAAGAAGACCUUGGAGGUGGCGUUUUCGCAAAUAUACGUAGGGAUAAAGGAGAAUUAAAACGAUGACAGGAGACGUUAUAGGCGCUUGAUUCAAGAUUCUUCAACAAAAGACGUUUGUGCGGGGGGGGGGGGACGUUUAAUUUUAUGCAGAUCGCGUUGCAAUGCUUACACAAUACUACUAUUAAGUACUUAAGAUGUAAACGAAUUAAUAAAUAAUUUAUGAAAAAUAUUGCGCACUCAAAAAUUCAACUACGCAGCAACCAAGCGCGAUUAAGUAUCUUGGAACCAUAUCAUUAUUCAAAAUUUAACCCAUAGCGGCAAACCCACCAAAGUUUAAAUAAAAAAAAGGAAAAUGUUAAUAAACAUUAACUUUGGACCAUUCAGGAAACUUUAUUAUUAUUAAUUUUUCAGUAUUAUACGGGGAUUGUAAAAAAAAUAAAUUUACUCAAUAGUAACGCAGAGGAAGAAGAAAUUAUUUCAUUUUCACGUAGAGCUGGGACAUAAUGAUAUAAAUAAUAAUAAUAAUAAAAAUAGUAAUGACGUUUAUUAUUCCAAAUUAUAGUAUGUACAUGCCAAGUUAUAUAAAGCUAUAAAAAAGAAUAACGGACCUUGACGCAGCUUCCUUCCCAAGGAAGGUGCUGUUUAAGUUAACUAAACUUAUAACAAAAAAAUAAUACAUAUUACAACAUUUUAUAUACUCCUUAAAUGCAAUAAUUUAAGUUUACCUUAUGUAGAGAACGGCAUAGAGGAAUGAGAGCAUACAAAUAAAAAGAAAAGAAAUAAGAAAAAAAAGAAUACAGAGCUACAGGAAACGAGAAAAAAAGAUAUUUCUUUAUUUAAGCAUAAUGCUUCAUUAAUUAGUGAACCAUUGUUAAAAUUCCGUCCAAAUUAUAAACGUCUCAAAAAUUUGCAAUUCAUGUGUCUUUUGAAUGGGUCAAUAGCUUGGGUAAAAUGAUUUAUUUUAUAUUUAUUAAUUAUAAACGCGAUCUGAUAGGAGAAGUACUUUUUUGAAAAACUCUUUUUUAUGAACAGGUAUAGUUAACAAAUGAUUAGGAAUAUUAAUGUUGUUAACAUCCGCACCAUAUGUUAGUUUUUCAUGAAGAUUUCAAGAACAUUUUGACUUAAAUAUUUUGUAACAGACACCCCGAAUGCAAAGCACGUCGCUGAUCCAUGUACAGCCAUCCCAAUUCUUCAAACUUAUAGGAAACAUGUUUUUAAACGUUUGUAUUUAAUGUUUUAUUUUCUAAUUUGAAAGCAAGUCGCUAUACCUCGUCCCGUUUUUCAAUAUUCUUCAAAAAAAAAAACACUCUACACGAAAAGUCAUAAAUUUAAAACGGGUUCCCAAUAUCAGAUACUAGGUAUUCAUAAUCUCGCACACAUUCGAUAUUAGCAACACGAAAGUAUAAAAGUAUCAACGCAUUCUUCGUGACACUAACGGAAACAUUCCCCUCUCGUGUCCUCUGAAAAGAGAUUGCUGCAAUAUAGUGUCAAUGUAUUCCUCAUCUUUAUCUAUAUCGUCAUCACUACCUAUUAAUUGCAUUUCAGUAUCGGCGUCAAGACCUUCAUUAGAAGAACUUGGAAUUAGUUUAACCAUUUUCUGAUUUCUCUUUCCCUUAAGAUUAUUGGUUGGAUUCUGUUUAAUCUGUAUGUUCAUUUCCUUGACCCUUUUGGUUAAUUGGUUAGUAAUAAUGGCGUUGGGAAAGCCUCUCAACUCUUGGAGUUGUAAUUUGUAAUUAAUAUUGAGGUCGCGUUAUUACAGUGGCACCAUAACUGGGAAUGAAACUAAUGUAUAUUUUGGUUUCUGUAUCAUUUGUUUUACUGAAACUAAGGAUGCGGUGGUGGUGUUCUUUCAAACUGGGAGUGACUUGCAAAAUCAUACCUUUAAAGUCGAAGCAACCUGCAUUUUCGAAAACCAUAUUUAAAUGAAAUAUUGCAUUUGCUAGAUUAGGGAACCAACACUAUAUAUACGAGAUCAUAACUAAAUUUAUAAUGUUCUUUAAAAGAACAAAAAAAUGUUCGGCUAAAUGAUUUACAUAUGAAUUAAGAGGCUGAAAUCUACUGAAUUUCCCAUGAUAUAUAAUAAAAAAAUAAUUAGUUUUACCUCUUGAAAAUGUCAUGCUGGGAAUGUUAAAAUGUUGACAGUACCCAAUUUUAUUCCUAGCACUGGUGCGAAGUAAUAAUUUGGAGGGGUCUAUAAUUUUACCAGCAGUUGUCCACUUAGUUGCGAUAUAAUGAUAUUCAGUAUUAGACAAUCAGGAGAUAUUAGGUAACUUGUGCCUUUAGUUUGAUACUAUAAAAAAAAACUAAAAAAAACAUACAUUUACAUUGAGGAAAUUUAUUAAAUUUUCCUUUGAUUAGUCAAAAAGGGUUGGAACUUUAUUCACACAUAUGGUAAGUAGUGAAGAGAAAAUAUAAAUCUUCUUGAUUGUGGGAAUUAAUUAUAAAACCCAUAGAGAAGCGGCAAUUCUUUUUAAUUAACAUUUUUAUAAAUAUAUAAUUAAUAAUAUAUAAAAUGUUACCCAUUCAACUGUUACGAAAAUAAAGAAUACUGGGAGUAAUAAGAACAUGUUUUUAUGUAAAACUCCGACAAUUGGUGAUGACUGAUCUACACAAUCCAAAAAUGUCAUUGCUCAAAAAAUGUAAGUAAAAAUAUGCUGCAAGAGUAUUAAAACUGAAUAAAUACAUGGAUUGUUCUGUUUUAACUGGAUUUUUUGUCUUGUAUUGUUUGUACUUGUCUUUCGUCUUUGUCUGCAUUCAUUCUUCUUAGUACCGUCUCGUUGGAACCAUGUUUCUUCUACGAUAUCCUGAGUCUCCGCAUUACCCACAUUUCAAAAGUUUCGAGUGGGCCUUGAGUGUCCAGUAUUCAGUUCC